AAUGUUCGUGUUGUCACGCACGAGAUAGCCCAUGCUCUUGGGUUCAGCAUUGACACGCUGAUGGUCCAUACGUCUCUGGUAGCAAUGCCCGGCCUCCGUGGUAAAAAUUCCGCGCUCGUAGAGGCGUCUCCCAGGACACUGGAGAAGACCCGUGCACACUUCAACUGCAGCACUGCCCCUGGCAUGGAAUUGGAGGACGAGGGUGGAAGCGGGACUGCAUUAUCACACUGGGAGCGGCGCAACGCUAAGGAUGAGCUUAUGAGUGGCAUCGCGGGAGCCGGAUACUACACAGCACUGACAAUGGCAGUGAUGGAGGACCUCGGUUUUUACAAAGCGGUAUGGGGAAUGGAAGAACCGAUGUCCUGGGGCCGUAUGUCCGGUUGUAAGCUGCUGACUGACAAAUGCGUGGAAAAUGGUACUACCGACUAUCCAGAUAUGUUCUGUACCACUGACAGCAACACACUAAGAUGUACAUCUGACCGCCGGGCAUUGGGUACCUGUACUAUCGGGACAUAUACCUUCCCUCUUCCCACUGAGUAUCAGUACUUCACUGAUCCCACAGCUGGUGCGAGGACCGGUAACUUGAUGGACUAUUGUCCCUAUAUUGCAGAAUACAAUAAUACUGGGUGCACCAACGGUAAUAUUAAUGUCAUGCCUGGAAGUCGCGUUUCUUCGUCCUCAAGAUGUGUGAAGGGGGACUCCCUUCACAUUGCUACCUUCCCUAUUGGUGAUGUGUGUGCUGAAAUAUCGUGUGAUAAUGACACGGUUCAGCUGAGAUACUUUGGUGACGAUACAUGGUACGAGUGUCCUGAGGGCAGCACCAUAACACCAGUCACGACGUUCUCGAGUGGGCGGAUUGUGUGCCCCCCACGCGCCGAUGUUUGCAUCGAUUCGGGAGAUGAGCACAGUGAUUCGAGCGAUGGGCACAGUGACUCGAGCGAUGGGCACAGUGACUCGAGCGAUGGGCACAGUGACUCGAGCGAUGGGCACAGUGACUCGAGCGAUGAGCACAGUGAUUCGGGUGAUGAGCACAGUGAUUCAGGGAAUAAGCAUAAUGAUUGGAUUAACAUGAUUAUGUGGGAGAUAAGCAAAAGGAUUGAGGAUAUGAGCAUAAAGAUUCGGGCCAUGAGCAUAAAGAUUUGA